GAAGACAACAGCUGAACCACUGAAGAAACACAGGAUCAAGAAUGAAGCUUUCUGUUGGUACCGUCCUCAUCACUGUGGCACUUUUGUCCGAAUGCUACUUCAGAACUGCUGCCAUCCCCAUGGCCAAAGCUGAAGACACAGAGCCAGAUCUGCAAGGCUUGAGCGAGAACUUGGAGGAGAAAUCUCUGGGUAUUGCACCAGGCAACUCCAGGAUCAUCGUGGUGGCCGACUCCAAUCUGCUGAGAACCCUAACAUCUCUGAACAGAGGACUCCCUCAUCUCAGUCCCCCCGAGAGCCUUCUCAGUACAGAGCGCAGAGAUGUUGGAACAGACCUGAGCCCAAGCAUCGCCAUCAUCAAAAAGGACACCAUGAGGUGCAUGGUGGGAAGAGUGUAUCGACCAUGUUGGGAGGUGUAGGUCUUCUGGGACGACGGAAAGAAUAAAAUCAGAUUCGCUUUCAUUUAAUCUAGUGUUGCUUGUAGAGAGGAUGUAAAACUCGAUGCUAUUUAAUGAGGCUGAUACUAUUAAAUGCUGAAAAGAUUAUUCUA